CCAACUUUUUUACCUAACAAAAUAAUUUUGUAGAUUCAGUCUACUUCGAACUUUAACAACGGGAAACGUUCUAUAAAAAACCUGGCUUUUCCUUUACAACGGUCAUGCAAAGAGACGCCUUGAAAAAAGCGUUUACAUUAAGUCAUGAACGAUUUGUUCUAGAAGUGGAACCCAGUAACCGAUUUCUGAGAGGUUUAGCAGAAUUAACCAUUCAGCCAUCGAACAAUAAGUUAACAACUAUAAGAAUAAAUUCACGGCAGUGCAAAAUUGAAAAGGUUUUUGUCGAUGAUGUUCCCGUUGACUUUGAUUACACCGAUGCAAUAUCAGAUCUUAACUUGGGCUCAAAUACCACGAUUGCCCACCACCAAAUGUACAAAAGUAAAUACCUGAACGCAUUAAGAGAUGCUGAUGAAGGAGAGCUUAUAGUAAAACUGCCACCGAAUACAAUAAGAGAGUUAAAAGUAGAUAGUAGUAUACACUUACAAAAUACAACAGAUCCACAAACACCCAUACAAGAUGCACGAAAUAUUGACACGACAUCAGCUAAUAAUACUCAACCAGAGGAACCAGUCGAAAUAACCUAUCAGCCACUAAUUAUACGUAUCGAAUACACAUUGGAAAACCCACGAAACGGGCUCGUUUAUGUACAAAAAGAUGAAGACAUUGCACCUUACCGUUCCAACCAUGUAUAUACAGUAAAUCAGCCGUUGCCAGGGGGAACGCGAUCCUGGUUACCAUGUAUUGAUAGAAUUUCAGAGAGAUGUACUUGGGAUAUGGAAUUUAUAGUACCGCGCAAAGAUGAAGGAAAUCCUGUACCUGAGGCUGAAGACGAAGCAGAAGGUUCAUUUGAUGAAGUAGACGGAUUAAUGGUUGUUUGCAGUGGCGACGUUGUUGAACAGGUUAUUCAUCCAACAGACAAUACAAAAAAAAUCGUUCACUAUAGCCUGUCAGUACCUACACCUGCACCUUUUAUUGGAUUUGCUAUCGGACCUUUUGAAAUGAUCAAACUAUCACCAUCACAGUUACAAGAGGAAGUUUUGACAGCAACCAACUUGGAUGAAAAUCAACAACAAUCUUUAAUGGCCGAAAUUAAUAUGAUGUGUAAUAUUUACGCUUUUGCAUUGCCUGGUUUAGAGGAAGAACUAAAUGUUACUUGUAGUUUCUUGAUGCAUGCUAUGCACUUUUAUACUCAAGAAUAUGGCUCUUAUCCAUUUUCGGAUUACAAAGUCGUAUUUGUAGAAGAUACUUGGGCCGAUACAGCAUCAAGUGCUUCCUUAGCAAUUUGUAGCUCCAAAUUAUUGCAUACUGCAGAUAUUAUUGACCAAAUAUACGACACAAGGAGGGAGAUGAGUCAAGCAUUGGCUAGACAAUGGUUUGGCAUUUAUAUCGUGCAGAAAUCUUGGCCAGAUACUUGGCUUGUUCGUGGUUUAGCAAAUUUAAUGGGAUCAUUAUUCAUAAAAAGGCAUCUGGGCAACAAUGAAUAUCGGUUAAGGCUUAAAAAGGAUAUGGAAUUAUGUUGUAAAUUAGAUGUGAACCGUCCACCGCUAUGUAAUCCAGCCUUACCUUAUCCACUUGACCCCGAGGAUUUGGAAUUUAUUGAAAUGAAGGCACCUAUAGUUAUUUACAUGCUUGACAAAAGAAUGUGUAAAGGCGGUGGCACAUUAGGCUUAUCGAGAGUUUUGCCAAAAAUUCUUGUGAGCGCUAUGAGCGGUGAAUUAGCGCAGAAUGCAAUUAGCACGCAUUAUUUCUUACGAUUAUGCCGAAAAGUCAGUGGAUUCGAUACAAAGGUGUUCGCAGAGCAGUGGGUUUACCGAAGUGGUUGUCCGAAGUUUUCCUUUUCAUUCCAUUUCAAUCGUAAGAAAAUGGUUGUAGAAAUUUAUAUGCGUCAAGAAAAUACAAAUACACCACUGGCAGUGGGGCACGAACAUUUAGGACCUAGUUUAGAUGGAAGUGCUGCUAAUUAUCAAGAGUUAAUGUGUCCCAUGUUCACAGGCAAUUUGACUGUCCGUAUUCACGAAGCUGAUGGUACACCGUAUGAACAUAUUCUUGACAUUCAGUCCACGGAGCAAAAGUUUGAGGUUCAAUUCAACACAAAGUACAAACGUAUCCGUAGAAAUACAAAACGUUUCUUAGCAAAACAAGCUGCUGCAGCUGCUGCAGUUGCUGAAGAAGAACAGGAAAAUGAGGAGGGCGCAGAGCAGACAACCGUAUUAGGUAUUAUUCCAAGCUUAGGCCUUGGUAUGCCUGUAUUUGAAGACCCAAUACAAAAGCAAGAAUGGCGGGUUUUGGAAUGGGGCCAAGACGAGGAAGACACUAGCGGUGCUGCUAGUGCAAUGUUUGACUGGAUUCGAUUAGAUGCAGAGUUUGAAUGGUUGUGUAUCUGCGACUUUAAACAACCUGAUUAUAUGUGGGCCGCUCAAUUGACAAAGGAUCGUGACGUCGUAGCUCAACAUGAAGCAAUUGAUGCAUUAAAGCAUAUGCCAUCGUUACCCACUGCUACUAGUUUAUUGCGUGCUGUAUUGGACCCUAAGUGUUUCUACAAAAUACGUAUGGAGGCAGCUUAUGGCCUAGCUUCAUGUGCAAUAAGGAACCUAAAUUGGGUUGGCUUGCAUCAGUUAAACAAGAUGUUCCAAAAGAGGUUCUGCUUUCCGGUCAAUAAUAACCCGUCCAAAAUGGAAGAAGACGAUUUCCCCAUCACCAACUCUAUCCCCAAGCCUAACAACUUUUCGAACCUGUCGGACUACUUCCUUCAAAAAGCAACUGUUGUGGCAUUCUCGCAAAUCCGUGAUGAGAAUGGUUUGACACCUAUUCGGGUUCGCCAGUUCUUACUGAAUCUCUUGAAGUAUAAUGAUAAUAUAGGGAAUGAGUUUUCAGAUUGUUAUUAUGUUGCAACGCUCAUUUCAUCACUAGGCAAUGCUUUGAUACCCGCUCACGAUAAACCAGAUGCCCUACAUUAUGAAGAUAUUGCCGGUGAAGAGGUUAAUGCUGAAGCAAAGGAGGAAAUUGAACGAUUCCGUACUUUGGACUAUGUCAUUCCUUCAUAUCAUAAUGUCAUCACUGUCACUUGCUUACGAACAAUGACGAAACUAAUGUUAAAGGAUUUAUUGCCCGUCAAUAUACCAAUGUUUAUGCAAUAUACAAGAUACGGCAAUUAUCUUGAAGUUAGAUUAGCUGCUUUCGAUAGUUUGUUUUUAAUAUGUGGAUUGCAAAACCCGACUAUCAACAAAUACUUUUUAGAGGUGAUAAAGGAUGAUGCUUGUGCUUAUGUUUCUCAUUAUGUCGCACGAGCUAUGCUUGAAUGGUUAGGUUUGGCAAUGAAAGAAUCUUCAGAUACGCCUACGAUGACAAAUCAAUUUGUUGAAGAAUUUGCUGAAGAGGAAGGUAGAGUUGUUAUCGAUGAUGAACGAACAGCAACUAAGAAGACUGCGCAACAGGAGUUCCAGGCUAGCAUUGAGAGUUUGCGAAAGCGUUUCGAAGGCAAUAUCGAGUUGCAGCAAACUUUAUGGGGGUUGUUAAAUACGGCAGAAAAUGCCAAAUUAGAUCAUUGCAUCCGUAAAUACUUACUACAGUUCUGUGAGUAUGUCUUCAAACCGAUUGAUGUAGGCCUCAAGGUUACAAUCCGGGUUCCCUCAAUUUCAUCAAUGCCUGAUUUGAGUGAGGAAGGAGGCUCAGAGCCGUCUACGCCUACUUCACACCCCGUUAUCCGCUUUACUAAGCCGAAACCAAAGACUGAAGAAAUACACGAGGAACCUAUGGACAUAGAAACGCCAGCUGAAGUUAAACCCAUUACCAGUACAGGUAUAUUGGUGGAUGAACCAGCUACAUUAGAUUCUGCAAGCACGAACGUUUCUUCCAUCACACAGCCACCUUCCACUUCAUUAACUGUUGCUCCAGUCGAAACUGCAGCACCUCCUGAGAAACCGAAGAUUUCUGUGUCCUUGCCUGCACCACCUCCAGCCUCCAAGUCAUCAUCCAAGCCAUCAUCCAAGCCAACACCCAAGCCAACACCCAAGCCAACACCCAAGAUAGUAGCAAUAUCAAAGCCUGCGCCAUCAUCAAAAUCCGUUUCAUCAUCUGAGAUAAAGACGACUGUACCAGCAGUAUCUGAGCCAGCACCAAAACCCAAACAUAAAAAAAUAGACAGUGCUGCAGCUGAGGAGCUUAAAAAAUGUAGGCGUGUUUUCAACAAGCUUAAUAAAAGCCCCUCUGCAGUAUACUUUAUUCAACCUGUGGAUGAAGUGUUGGAUGGUGCUCCUGGUUAUUAUACCAUUAUCACAAAACCAAUGGACCUUAGUACGAUUAAGCGUAAAGUUGAAAGCAAGGAAUACACCAAAUUCGGUCAAUUCGAAGAUGAUCUUCGUUUGAUGAUAAACAAUUGUUUUGUUUAUAAUGCUCCGGGUACUCUUGUUUACAAUGCAGGUAUGGAUUUGGAAGAGUUACUCGAUAAGGAAGUUGCCAAUCUACGCGGUAAAAAGAACGAAGAAGUACAAAAUAUGACUAUUGUAGAAAGCCCUGCUACAACACCUAAGACCACAACACCAACGCCAAUGGAAAUACUACCCCCAGAUCCAGUGCCUACUCCCGUUGCAAAAGCUUCACCAUCUCCCAGUAUCGAUUUUGCUAAUGGCACCCUAUCUCAACCUGCUUCUACACCAGAAAAGACAGUUGCUUCUAUACCCAAGAGUUCAGCUCCUACUAAACCAACGCUUAAAACUCCUGUGCCAGUAGAAGUUAAAUCCCCAAGCGCUACAACAGUAUCAAUUACAACAACUAAUUCUACGAGCAGUAAAUCACCAUCUCACGAAAAGGUGAGCAAAGCUAAACCUGCCACUGUUAAAUCUGAGAUGACCGAGAGCAACAAAAAGCGAUGUGAGCGUGUUCUCAAAAAAUUAUGGGCGCAUCAAGCCUCUCAACCCUUUUAUGAACCUGUUGAUGCAGUCGCUCUAGGGGUGCCUAACUACUAUGAAAUUAUCAAGCGGCCUAUGGAUCUCUCGACCAUUCGUAAAAAGUUCAACGAAAACAAGUAUGAAACAAUUUGGGAGUUCGAGAAGGAUGUGCGUCAAAUUUUCUGGAAUUGUUAUGGCUUUAAUGAUCAUUCUUCAUGGGUUGUCAAACAGUGCCAAGCUUUGGAAACGUUUUUCAAUCAAGUUUGGUCUACUGAAUUUGCACAACCAAAUGCAUUGAAGGGUGACGAUAGACGUAUUGCUCAGAAAGUUGUGAAUAAGUUAACGUUGCAUGAUGCAGCUGCUAUCUUUAAUGAACCAGUAGAUCCAGACACUUUGCCUGAUUAUUUCGUAGUUAUUAAGCAUCCUAUGGAUCUUCGUACAAUCUGGGAACAAUUGGAGAGCGGUAAAUAUACAAGUUUGACGGCACUGGACAGUGACAUCCGACUUGUCUUUAAGAAUUGUUUCACGUACAACACGCAAGGUACAUUUGGUUAUGAUCAAGGUAAAAGACUUGAAAAAUACUAUAACAAUAUCAAUAAGGAGUUGCGCGCUCGUAUUGCUGCUGCAGCGUCUACAACAUCAGCGACGCCAACAUCGACGACAUCAUCAUCUACGCCAACGAGCACCACGACGAAUAAUCAUGAAACUGCCCCCACACCCACAAAACGACCCCAUCCGUCUGCUGUCCCAUCUCCCAAAACACCUUCAAUAGACGACCAUCAUCCUGCCAAAAAGUCUAAACUUUCGAGCCCUGAAAAGCCUGCAAAGAAGCUUCAUCCUACCAUCAAAACCAAAAUGGAAUCCCUUUUGCGUAAAAUGAUUAAUCGUAAAGAAUCCUUUGGGUUUUUGGAACCUGUGGACCCUAUUGCUUUGAAUAUCCCUCAUUAUCCAAUUAUCAUUAAAAAUCCAAUGGAUUUCGGUACCAUGCACAAAAAUCUAAAAGAGGGACGAUAUAAAAAUGUCAAGCAGUUUGAGGCUGAUGCUCGCUUGGUAUUCAACAACUGUUACAUGUUCAAUGGACUGGACCACCCUCUUUCGCAAAAUGCUAAAGUACUUGAAGGUAUAUUAAACAAGGAAGUGCCCAAUUUGCAGCGAGAAGAAGAGCAAUUGAAGAGCGGUACUGGCUCAACGGCUGUAGUGUCUUCAAAGCAGAAAGGAAAGACAGUUUCGAAAUAGUCAAAAUACAGUACCACAAAAUAUAAUUAAUACUGAAGACUACUUCUAGUCUAUCACCUGUAUAUAGUAUAAUUAAAGAUCUCAUGACAGAAUAAAAGCAUUAUUUUUCUUAAUUGAUAAUUUAUGCGCAAGAACAGGGAGGGACAUCUGGAGAGUCGAUCAGAACAGAACACGUCUCCACGUCUCUCCGGGAUUU